GCAUCGCAAGCACUACAGCUGCUGCUGUUUCAACGCUACGCCGUGCUGGGUUGUCGCAACACGCCCCCUCCUUCCGAUCAGUCGAUCAGCUCUCGCACCGAACUUCUCUCCUUAGACACGAUAUAAGUUACCGUCUCAUCUCCUCAAAACCCACCCUUUCGUUCUUUACAUGAAUGACAACGUCCCGCCCCGUCGUCACCCUCUCUCUACGCUUCGAAACCCACACAAUACAAUCAAUCGUCCAAUUUUGGAAGGAAGGCCACGGUAAUAGGGAACGAAAUCACCAGCCGUGGUCGUGGUCGCGGGUUUCAUAUCGCAUUACUUAUUGAAUCAGCCCUUUCCCGGGGGCUCGUUUGCUCGAGUUUACAAAUCAUGGCUACUUCUAAUAACGCCCCUUCUGUCGCAUCAUCAUCAACAACAACAACAACUGCUGGCAGUUUUGUUGAUGCGUCCGGAUAUAAAUUCUCCGAGAAGGAUGUGAAACCCGGGAAGAUCAAGCUGAAGAAGUCGGCGAAGCUGGGGGGUAGGAAGAAGGCUGAUGAACCCCCCGCCUCACCCGGCUCAUCCCCGAUUCUUCCGGAGAUCGACGAAAAGACUAUGGCCGCCUUCCCGACGGGCAAGCCGCGAGAAGAAGAUCAUCUGGAGACGGUCAUCUGUAAGACCUGCAAGAGGCCGGUCCUCAAGCAGAAUGCCGUGGAACAUAUCCGCGGCUGUAUUCGAGCGAAGCAGGAGAAGGCACGCCAGCGGAAGGAGGCGCGCGAUGCGGCGAAUCGGGCCAAGGCCGGCGAUAAGGAUGAUACCGAGGAGGUGGGCGUGGGCGGCGCCGGCGGUGCGGGAGGAGGACCCGGCGGGGAGAAAGGGGAAGGUGGAGAGGAUUCGUCGAUGAAGGGCCAGAAGGGCGCGAAGAAGAGCGCCGUCAAGGGGAUGGCGGCGGAGAUCGGGGCGAAGAAGGGCACGAAGCGGAAGACGGAGGCCGGGGAUGGCGACGACAAGGAUAGCAAGGAGCCCAAGACGAAGAAGAAAAAGAAGGAGGAGCCCAAACCGAAGACCGCAAAACCGAAGGGUCCCGUGGAUGUCGAGAAACAGUGCGGUGUUACUCUGCCGAAUGGGGCCCAGUGCGCGCGCUCUUUGACUUGUAAGAGCCAUUCGAUGGGUGCGAAGCGAGCGGUCCCUGGACGUUCGUUGCCAUACGACAUGUUGCUGCAGGCGUAUCAGAAGAAAAAUCAGGCGAGGCAGCAGAAGGCUGCUAUCGAUGCCAACGCGCCGCUGCAGGACGAGCAAGAUAAUAACGGUCCGGUCGACUCGGAUGAAGAGAAGGAUGCCGUGAUGGCGGCGAUCACGCGCUCACAUCCACAUCCCCUUGUCAGUCACACCUUGAUCUCGACCAAGAAAAAGUACCAGUAUGUGCGCAUCAAAGAGAUGCUGUCGCAUGCUCUGGGCGGCUCGCGCGGUGGUGGCCUCUUCUCGACCGGCGACAACACCUCAUCUACGCCUUCUCUGUUUUCCGAUGGGAAUCUUUUCACCCCCGUGGACGAAGUCGACAUGGCUUUACCGGUCUCUGCAACUGUGCCGGAUAAUGCGACAGAUGCUGAUACGAAAACUCCGGCCGCACCUGCGCCCAAGAAACUUUCCAUGGGAAACUCCGUUCCCGACCUCGACGCGGUCGGCGUGAAAGCCGAACCGGAGCUGGCCGACAUGCUCCGGCGCGAGGUCGCCAGUCUUCUGGGGCGCAACAACCUGAACUUUCCCGGAGCGCAGCCGGUCAGUUUCGCGACGCGACAUCUUACCGAACUCCAACGGGAGGACUACUAUGUCUGCGAGAAGACGGAUGGCAUCCGGUGCCUGAUGUACUUUGCGCACGGGGAACCGGAUUCGGACACGCCGGAGGUGCACUACCUGAUCGACCGCAAGAACGACUACCGGUGGGUGCCGGGGCUGCACUUUCCACUCCCCGGCGAUGACAGCUUCCGACAGUUCCACGUGAAUACGAUCGUGGACGGUGAGCUCGUGAACGACACCUACGAGGACGGGACGCAGCAGCUGAAAUUCCUGGUGUUCGACUGCCUAGUGCUGGACGGGCAGCCGCUGAUGCACCGCACGCUCGACAAGCGGCUAGCCUAUUUCAAGGAGAAGGUGCUGCGGCCGUACAACGCCAUGUAUCGCAAGUUCCCCGAGGAGAUCCCGCACCGCACGUUCACGGUGGAGGACAAGUCGACGCAGUUCAGCUACGGGAUCGAGAUGAUGUUCCGCGAGAUCAUUCCCAAGGUCAAGAAGAUUCACGGCAACGACGGGCUGAUCUUCACGUGUCGGAGCACCCCGUACAAGAUCGGCACCGACGAGCACAUCCUGAAGUGGAAGCCGCCGGCGGAGAACACCAUCGAUUUCCGCAUGAGGCUGGAGUUCCCGCUGCUCGAGCCGGACACUGACGAAGAGGCCGAGGGGGUCACGGAACCGUACGCGGACUACGACGCGAUGCCGAUCUUCCAUCUAUUCGUGCUGCUGCGCACGAACGAGUACCAGCCCUUCGGGGAGAUGUUCGUCACGCCGGACGAGUGGGAGGCGAUGAAGGCCCUGGGCCAGCCGCUGGAUGACACGAUCGUCGAAUGCGCCCAGGAUGACCAGGGCCGGUGGCGGUUCCAUCGGCUGCGGGAUGAUAAGUCGGACGCGAAUCACAUCUCGACGGUGCAUAAGGUUCUGGAGAGUAUCCAGGAUCGGGUGACGGAGGAGGACCUCAUCCGCAUGGCUCCUGCAAUCAAGACGGCGUGGAAGAAGCGUCAGGCGUUGCAGGAGGAGGAAGCUCGGAAACGACACCGACAAGCUCCUGGGGGCGGUGGACCCCCGAACGGCCAGAACGGAAUCAAGAGGAAGUUCGAGGAGUAAUUGUCUUUCUGUUUUGUGUUCUUUUUCAUCUAUUUAGUCUGACUCCCGCGGGCCGAUGAGCUCCUUACUACUCAUGACCUUGGCGGGGCAGGUUGGCUGGCCGGUUGAUUUUGGUUUGCGAGGCGUUAGGUGCUGGUGGGUGGUGUGUGUGUAUGUGUUGAAUGCGUGCUGGUCAAUUCCUCCGGGUCCCAUUUCUCUCCGGCCCGAAUGCAUUCUUACUGACUUAUGUUUGUGUUUCUUUUUUUUCUUUCAUUUCAGUCUUCUGUGUAUACAAGAACAGCAACCGGCCUCGAUGUCGCAUGUUGCACCAAGGGAUAAAGCGAAUGGAUGGAAAAUUGUAUAGACUCACCCCCAUAUCCCCUCCCUCCCGUGGGCGGCCAGGGUAUAGAGUAAUGGAAUGAGACACAUUUACAAAGGAAAGGGUUAAACAGCCCAAGAGAC